CCCCGGUGGGGAGAGAGCCUUUCGGCAGCCCGUGGCAGCGGCCAGGCACCCAUGGCCCGGCGCUGAUCCCCUGCCCUGCCCCGGCGGGGUGGCCGCUCACCCGAGGAACUGAGAGGAGCUCCAGGAGGAUGGUGUGCCUGGCGUUGAGGACGUGGCUGGGGCUCGGGCUCUUGGCGCUGCUCUGCCUUGGUUUGGGCCAAGCACGGGAGAAGAGAGUAGUCAGGAGCAAACUGGGGGAAAAGGUCAGCCUGCCUUGCUGCCAUGAAAUCCCGCGCUCAGAAAGCCUGCAGAAUUACCGGGCCUACUGGCAGAAGAAGUUUCCGGGGGUGACGGUGGUGGUGCUGGCCUACUCCGACGGGAAGAUGAUCGAGGUUCACGACCGGUACAGGAACCGCACAGAGAUGGACCCCUGGGACCUCAUCCUGUGGAUCUCCCCCAUGGAAAUCCUGGACAAUGGCACUUACCAGUGUGUGGUUCAGCACAACUCCGCUGUUGUGUGUGACGAGAGCGUCACCCUCUUUGUUACAGCCGACUUCAGCCAGCCCAGCGUGACAGCAGAGGUGUCCGCUAGCUCCUGCGAAUCAGCCGAGAUGGUGAUAGUGUGCUCUUCUCAUGGAGGUUUCCCCAAGCCCAGAAUCUCUGGAGCCCUCAACAAUAUGUCUGUGGAGUGGAAUGCCAGCUGGGUGUCCGAGUCCAGCCUCAGCCCCUACAACGUCACCGGCACGCUGGUGCUCAACGUGACCGGCGACGCCAACGUCACCUGCUCUGUCCAAUACGACGGCUUGGCCAAGUCCACCAGUUUGCUUCUGGAAAAAACAAAUGACUGUGUUGUUCCUCCUGUGCCUCCACCUUAUAAUGUCAUUACUGCUUCAAGCAUCGUUGUUAUCACCUUCAUUUUGGCAAUCAUCCUGGCAGCAAGAUACCUCCCAAGGCGUGUUUGUCCUCACUGUUGUAAGCCCCGGGAUCCCGUGGGAGAGGGUAUGAAGGAAGGUACGAAGCCACCUGUGAGCCUCAAAGUGACAUCUGAAACAUCAUCUGUAUGACCAGAUUGCAUUUGCAGGUUUCUUACCCCGUGCAUUCCGCACUGCAGACUCCGCCGUUCGUUGUACAGCAAUGCUUGUGGCGUUGACCCUUGGGCUCUCUGCAAGGGGAUGGCAGCAGCAGGAAAAACUCUGCUGCCACGACUGAAAACACGACUGACAACAUAAUCUCAUGUGAAUGAAGUCAAACAGAAGCUUUGGGGUGCUCUCGGUACGAGGGGGUCACUGGAACCCCGGCCUGGGAGGACCCUCUCUGCUCCUGCAGAAGAAGAACAUCGUCAGCAUCGACACACCAGUUCAAGGCUUUGGGAACCUCUGGCUUUGACGCUGCUUCUGUGGGAACCAGGGGCCUGCCUGCCCCUUUAGCAACGCAGAGCUGCCCUUUGGGACCCCCCAGGCCCCGACACACAAGCUCAAGUCAGGCUGUGCCUCCGUGUUGUGACUGGGAGAAGCUGAAACUUCUUUUAUAUUCAGCCUCACACGAGUUCUUCAUGCCGGAGGACUUUGGAUUUGAACCUGACCGUUACGGAUGCACGUCCCUUCACCCCUAAAGAGGCAACAAUGCUCACGUUUUUCAUGAAAAAAAAUUCACCUUGGAAGUGAGUCUCUCUGCCUCAUGCUUAUUUGCAGUGCUAUGAGAUUUUUUAGGGAACGAUAGACACUGACAGCACAGCUAACAGCCAACUAAUAUUGCUUACCCACAGCAGUGGCACAAGUUCUCAUAGCCUUUCUCUCCUGACAGGAUGACCUUGCCAACCCAGCCAACACAGCCACUCCAUUAAACUGCUGUGUGAGGGCACACGUGUGCAUACAAA